AUGCGUUACAAGCUCAAAGUUAUUCUCCUGACUCUUAUUGCAAAAGUCUUUACAAAACAAAUGCCAGGAAUCUGUUCCAAUGGUUCUCAAGGAAAUCGUAUUGAGUGUUGCAAGAAUUACAUACUUGAUGGAAAAUCCUGCAAAGAAUGUUCUGCUGGUACUUACGGAUAUAACUGCACAGAAGACUGCCCUCCCCAAUUCUAUGGGAGAUUCUGCAGAGAGAAAUGUUUGUGUUGUCCAUGUGAUAAAAUUAAUGGAUGCUUAAAGAUGACAAAUUUCGUUCACUGGCCAACGAUUUCCAUUUCUUUAGCUGGAAGUUUUGCCAUCUGCUUUUCUUUUGGCGUGGCAAUCAUUUGCAUUUUAAGAAAAAGAAAACCAAAAACUCCGGAGGGAUGUUAUGUGUCAAAAACGGAUGAAAAUGAUCUGACAGCCUCUCAAGAUAUGUAUGAUUAUCUGGCAACAGAAUCCUAUAACGUCCUAACGCUGACGACAACGGGUAUAGAGCAGUUACAACGUGGCAUGCAUGGCUAAUGUGGGCUCGUAAACUUACAAAAUAUAAAGAAGGUGCAUUAGAAGAAAAUAUCACGGUCACAUUAAGAAAAUGUUACUAUGAUAACUGUUGAAUGCAUUAUCGCAUGGCCUCAGUUGUAACCCUUUCGACUAUUUUAUUUUUCAAUGUUGCAAUUCCAUUGAAUUAGUUAUCGAUUCAUAAAUAAAAAACAUUGAGCGUUCAAUAGGGAUAGCCGUAAAAUUUUGAUCAUCAUUUUUAUGAAUAUUUAAUUUUGUUAGCUAUUUUUGUUGUCAGCAUUGUGUCAAUUAAACUGCGUGACAGAUUUCAUCAACAAUAAAAGGAAUUUCCUGGUACCUUUUUUAUAUAUCGUUUACUUAAUAUUUGCAUAACGAUAUUAUUACGUGUAUAUGUAAGCUUCCGGGUAUCAAAAUAGACAAAAACACGUGUUACACCUGUUCAUAAAAAUAUCCAUUCCAAU